AUGGUAGACAACUUAGGCCAUCAUUACCAUGCUCAGCUCCACCAUAAGGCCCGUAUCCAAUAUGAACGACAUUGCCGCACGAGGCCAAAGCUCUAUAUGUUGAGUGCCUACCAGAUUGUGCGCUCACUCUCGAACCAUUCGUUGCAGCAACCGCCAGGGCUAUCAGAAUGAUAUCCACAAUUCCACCCAAACUAAACCAAACGUAGUCAGUCCCAAACUACAACUACCCCAGAAGCCUCACUCAAUUAGCGAGGGGAAAAACUGGUCCCCUAGUUUUGAAGUCGUUCGAUCCAUUCCACAUCAAUCGCAAGGAAAGCAAAACCAAAAAGUAAGGCGAGACGCGAAACAGAAUCGCGCUGGUUUUCCACUUUUAUUUCUUCUUACCAAUGUUUGUUCGACC